GUGUGUGUGUGUGUGUGUGUGAGCAAGAGAGAGAGGGAGGGAGAGAUAGAGCGAGGUUCAGUUUGCGGACUGUCAUCCUGAGAGCGGCUCGUGCUCCUCCACUGUCUUCUUCAUCGUGUGUCUCUCGGAUGUGUGCCGUCAGCUGAUCCACCUUUAAAAAGCCCGUUCUCCCCUCCGCAGUUCGUCGUCCCGCGGACUCCUCACCAUGAUGGAGUACUGGAGGCAAUGCGCGCUGUGGCUCAUCAACUGCAAGGUGCUCCCGGCGAACCACCGCGUCACUUGGGAGUCCGCUCAGGUGUUCGACCUGGCUCAGACGCUCCGGGAUGGGGUCCUCCUGUGUCACCUGCUCAACAACCUGAGACCCCAGUCCAUCAACCUGAAGGAGAUCAACCUCCGACCCCAGAUGUCACAGUUCCUGUGUCUGAAGAACAUCCGGACGUUCUUGGCGGCGUGCAGCGACAUGUUCAGCAUGAGGAGGAGCGAGCUGUUCGAGGCCUUUGACCUGUUCGACGUCCGAGACUUCGGGAAGGUCAUGGACACUCUGUCCAAACUGUCCCACACAGCCACAGCCCAGCAGACGGGAAUCAGGCCGUUCCCGUCGGAGGAGAGUGUUGAAGAUGAAGACAUCUAUAACCACUUGGAGGACCUCAUCGAUGAGAAGAGCGUGGAGGAUGAGGAGGAUCUGUACGACUGUGUGUACGAUGAUGAAGAAGGAGGAGAGAUCUAUGAGGACCUGAUGAAGACUGAAGCUCUCCCUCCUCCGGCCUUUCAGAAGCAGGCAGAGACCGACAUCAGGAGCUGCUGUUUAACGGAGCUUAAACAGACGGAGGAGAAAUACACGGAGACUCUAGAGUCAAUAGAGAAGCACUUUAUGACGCCCCUCACCAUGUUUCUGACCCUGGCCGAGAUGGAGAAUAUGUUUGUGAAUAUCCCGGAUCUGGUCAAAGUUCAUAAAUGUCUGCUGCUUGAGAUCCGGGAGUCGGUGCUCAGCAGGAGCGCUCAGGACCUGUACCAGAUCUUCAUCACCUACAAAAAGAGGUUGUUGAUUUAUGGUAAAUACUGCAGCCAUGUGGAGACGGCCAUCGCCACUCUGGACCACAUCUGUAAAGACAGAGAGGACGUCCGCAUGAAGCUGGAGGAGUGUUCAAAAAGAGCUAACUAUGGGAAGUUCACUCUCAGAGACCUGCUGGUGGUCCCCAUGCAGAGAGUCUUAAAGUACCCACUCCUCCUGCAGGAGCUGCUGAAACACACUCAUGACACGACAGACAAGAGCAACCUGAGGACGGCGUUGGAUGCCAUGAAGGACUUGGCUCAGUACGUAAACGAGGUGAAGAGAGACAACGAGACUUUACGGGAAAUAGAUCAGUACCAGAAAUCCAUCGAGAACCUGAAUCAGCCACUGAGCACGUACGGCAGACCCAAAGGUGACGGGGAGGUACGCGUGGCCUCGGUGGACAAACGGGCCAAACAGGACAGGCACAUCUUCCUGUUUGACGCGGCGGUGAUCGUCUGUAAACGGCGAGGAGACAACUACGAGAUGAAGGAGGUGAUCGACCUGCACCUGUUCAAGAUCACCAACAACCCCACAUCUGACAAGGAGAACAGAAAGUGGUCCUACGGAUUCUACCUCACCCACAACCAGGGCCAGAGCGGCUUCGAGUUCUUCUUCAAGACCAAAGAGCUGAAGAAGAAGUGGCUGGAGCAGUUUGGCAUGGCCAUAUCCAACAUCCGUCCUGAGAAUGCAAACAACAACUUCCACGAGUUCCAUAUGAACACGUUUGAGAGGAUCACCUCGUGUAACUCCUGCCACAUGCUGCUGAGGGGGAUCUUCUAUCAGGGCUACCUCUGCUCCAUGUGUGGCUUAGGAGCUCAUAAAGAAUGUCUGGGACGCUUCGGCUCCUGUGGAAAAACAGAUCCGUGCUCCGUCAAAACUCAGGGGCGAGAUCCAGAUCCAGGUCUGCCAAAGAUGAUCGUCAUCAGGAACUACUACGGCGCUCCGAGCCCAGCGUCCGGUCCACCUCUCAGCAUCCAGUCUGGAGACAUCAUCGAGUUGAUCCGUGCCGACCUGCACAGCGCCUGGUGGCAGGGCAGAAUCCUGUCCACCAAGGAGGUCGGCUUCUUCCCCAGCGAUGCAGUGAAGCCUUGUCCAUGUGUCCCAAAACCUGUCGACUACUCCACUCAGCCCUGGUUUGCAGGUCCGAUGGAGAGACUCCAGGCUGAGGCAGAACUCCACAAUAGGGUCAACAGCACGUACCUGGUCCGCCAUCGCAGCAGAGAGUACACAGAGUACGCCGUCAGUAUAAAGUACAACAACGACGUGAAGCACAUAAAGAUCCUGACCAAAGACGGCUGCUUCCACAUCGCAGAGCACAAGAAGUUCAGGAGCAUAUUAGAGCUCAUCGAGUACUACAAACAUCACUCCCUCAGAGAAGGCUUCAGGAGUCUGGACACCACGCUGCAGUUUCCCUACAGAGAACCUGAGAACGCUGCGAUGCAACGACUCAACUGCUCGGGAAGCAACACCCCAUUGCUCUGCGGCCUCUCUUUUGUAUCUCCUGCCGGCUACAGCUUUGUACCUCCUUCCUCUGCUCCCUUCUGGUCAGUGUUCACUCCGAAGGUGAUCGGCGUGGCCAUCGCGCGGUACGACUUCAGCUCUCGGGACACACGGGAGCUGUCUCUGCAGGAGGGAGACGUGGUGAAGAUCUACACAAAGUCCGGGGCCAACGGCUGGUGGAGGGGCGAGGUCAACGGCAGGGUCGGCUGGUUCCCGUCCACGUAUGUGGAGGAGGGUGAGGAGUGAUGGUCCGACAUGAGGAAAAGAGUGGAAUGACUGAAGAAGGGCUGCAGCAGGGAGACGGAGACUCUCUGCUGAUUUCAGGUUCUGAAGACGUCCCCGAGGCCUUCAGAGAGGAAAGGGCUACGCCGCAACGCCGUCACCUCUGCUUCCCCCAGUGUGGACUCCACCAACGAGCGGCCUGGCUGUCAACGGGACAACCCACCCCCCCCUCACUUCUUACAUCCAUAAUCCACCCUCCAUCCCUCUUUCUCUGCCCGGACAUCCCUGAAGCCUCUUCCUUUUUCUGCUGCCAGGUCCACCCUCGCCAAACUGUCAAACUCACCCACGCUUUCAUCCUCCUGCAGGACGGACUUCAGUCUGAGUCUGUUUGACUAAUGCAGACACACACACACACACACACACACACACAUACACAGAUUAUGAUCACUCGUUUUAAAGGACAUGUAAUAGAGGGAUAGCAUCGAUGGCUGUUCUUCCCUCCCUCCUCCUUCGUUCUUUAUCGGCAGUGUCUUUACCGUUAGCGGUCCUCACCUCUUAUCGGUGACAGGAGGCCGCUCGCCAAUGGUUUACCUUAUAGGAGGCGUUAGCGACCUGUUGGGGUCGCACCACAGAGAAGGUACCGGAAACCAAGAGAGGGAAAUAAAUAAAACCCUCCGACUGUUCUCUCUCUUAUUCUCAGGUUUCAGUCGCUCUUUGUGAGAUUUAUUUUACGUCCAACCUGUUAGCAACAUUUCCAUCAGAUCGUGCAUCACAGCGUUCUGUCAGAAGGCGUUCCCCUCCUGGUGCGGCCUCACAGUGUUGACCUUCAACAUGAAGUUUCUGCAGAACAUUUUGAAUUUAGUUUAUUCCUUUUGUCUUUAAAAGCAUUUAAAAUAAUGCAUUAACGCUGGAAACAAAGAGAAUGAUGGGAGCUUCUCCUCUGCGUCUAUCCUCCUGUUAACAGCCCCCCCCCGCUGUAACACCCUCGCCCCCCCUUCACAUUAUGCACAGUGUCUCCCUAAUCCACGGUGAAAGAGGAUUUUCCCACAUUUGAGGGAAUAAAUAGAGAAAAACUCUGUCCUCAUGUCGACACACGCAGACAGACUCAGACAGAAUAAGACGCCAACUUAUGUUGUCUGGAGGCGAGGCAGAGAACGCGCCGGCAGCAGCAGCUAAAUCUCAUCCGAGAUUUGAGGAGCAAAAGACACUUUGUCUUUCUUUAAAUGUGGAGAGAGAGAUUUAUAAUCAAGUCGUGGUUUGUGUUUAAGGAUGGUCCAAAUGUGACUUUAAAUUCUCCAGUCUGAAGAGAGGACACACACACACACACACACACACACACACACACACACACACACACACACACACACACACACACACACACACACACACACACACACACACACACUUAGUGUUGUAGUAAAGACCACACUAAUCCAGACCGAGACAUACCUGAGACCGGACUGCUCCGAGACCAUAAAUAUCUCUCAUAAAUCUUCAUCUUGUGUUCAGGGGGCGUGUCCCUCACUUAGAGUGUAACACCGGGAAGGUUGUGGAGUCGCAGUCAGUUUUUUGUUCUUUUAAAAAGAGGAGUUUUCCUUCACAGAAAUUACGUGGAAAAAUAGACGAUCAGAGGAGGUCUUGGCCGGUAUUGAUUUAAAAUCUGGAGUCUGCCCAGUCUGAGACCGAGACAAGACCGAGUAAAACAUGAUUUAGACGAGACGAGACCUUCAAAAAGUGCUCUGGAGACUAAGACCGGUUUCGAGUACGACCACACUACACAACCCAACACAUAACCUUUAAAGAGCCUCUGUGUGUUCUGUGUAAAGGGUCUUCAUAUAACGCAGCCAUCCUGAAAUAUCAGACACAGUCAGACAGAGGAAGCUUCUCUAAGAAGAGAGCCAAACAAUCCAAACGUUCAGAGCUCAUCUCCAGUCCUAACACCUGAAACAGAUGGACCCUGAGGUGACCUGCUGCGUCCUCCUCUGUCAUGUCUGCACAUUGUUUGGUGAACUGAAGGAAGAGUUGUGGUAAAGAAAUACUUUAGUGUGCGAUGAAUGGUGCUAUGAUGUUUAACAAUCCCUCCGCCCAGUGCUCAUGUUGUCAUAUGUGUAAAAGCGUUGAGUGUUGGACUGAAGAUUUAUAUUCAUGUAUCAUUGCUUUGUGACUUCCCCGUUUCCACUAUUCUCCACAGUGUCACUAAGUGACCACUAGAUGGCAGCAUGCUAAACACAUCUCCUCUGAGCUGUAACCUUCAACUUCCUAAGUUUGGAGAUGACAUCAUCUGAUGAGAUGAAGGAUGUUUAGAAGAUCACAUCAUCACAGAGCAGCAGAUUCAGAGAGACACAUUUACCUUUCUGCACAUUCUGGCUGCUUUCAUGAAAGCUUUCCUGACACUUUGUGUGCAGCAGGAUGAAGCUGCUCGUCCUCCUGCAGCCUCUGAGCAGACAAACAUUACAUUUAUAACUUCUUUAGGAAACGUUCUGAAACACUGAUGUGAUCGAGCAGCAGCUCCUCUCCUGUCAGGGGAGAAGUGUCAAGGAAGAGUAUCCUGUCAUCUCAGACUCCUGUUAUCCACUCUGCUCUCUUCUUCAUCCUCCUCCUCUCUCCUCCUCAUCCUCCUCCUCCUCCUCCUCCUCUCUCCUCCCCCUCCUCCUGCUCCUCCUCCUCCUCCUCUUCCUCAUCCUCCUCCUCCACCCACAUGAACUCUGACAGUGGCUCCGGUCCUCCUCCUCUCGGAGUCAGUCUGAGGUUUCUGGGCUCGGGGGGAAUCUGUGAUCUGAUCAUUACACCAUCUCCUCACCUCGGCGACCUCGCUGCAUCCAUCUCUCUGUCGGCUCCGCUCGCUCCGGCACUAUCUCACCGUGCCACUUCCCCUCCCUCUCUCUCUCUGUCUCUCUCCAUCCAUCUUUCAUCCAAUCUGUGUCUGUUCUCUGUCCCUCACCUCUGAAGCUGAGGCAGUGUGUUGGCUGGAGGAGAAAAGAAAUCCGUUUUAUCAGGAGAGGAAGAGCAAGAGGCGUCUGAGUCUUUACAAACAGCUGCUGCAGAAGGAGGACCAGUCCAGUCCGAACACAGAUUUAUAGACUGAUUGACCUGAUGCAUUUAAAGACUGAAUGAAAUGAGUGUCCUCAUACAUGCACAGACAUGCUCAGUGUUCCUGUUAAAAUGCUCUCAGACAGGAUUGAGGGCCGGACACGUCUCAGCAGGCCUUAAAGUAACAAUCUCCUCGACCAAUUCUGCAGAACGCUGAGCUGAGAAUAUGUGAUAAGAUACUUUUUCUUGCUGUGAUUCAUUGAUAAUUCAUCCUCCUCCUUCUUCACUCUGUCCCUCUGAAGCCAAAGAUGUUCGCUGGAAGCUCAGCUCGGUACCGACCGCUGUGGCCUGACUCUAUAACUGUGCAAUCUUUACUGUGUAGCAUUACUGCGUAUUGUUGCUGUAACAUACUGUAAAUCAUGUACAUAGCACAUAAUAAAUAUAUACAAGGCUUCUCCUAA